UAUCAUUAUGCAGUCUAAUGAUCCUAAGCUUGGGUUGCUGUCUAAUUAAUAAAACUCUAAAUAUACAAAUUCUCAAUAAGAAGAAGGAAUAUUUGAAUUAUAAGAUUUUGGAGAUGAUUUAGAUUAAUUUGCAAUUGAUGAUGCAAGUAAAUUCUUUUAUAAUAUAUUUUAGGAGUAUAAAAUAAAAAUGUUGUUUUGACUAAUUUAAAUUAAGAACCAAUUCCUAUGUUAAAAAGUAGCUAGAGCUCAAAUCUAAGAUCAGGAUAAAGUUAAUAAAUUAAUCAAUAAAACUAAUUAUAACAAUCCACUUAAUCUAUGUAAUAAGUUCCAUAAGUAAAUCUAAAUUUCUUUAAUUUUAUAGAAUCAAAUAUAAAAUUCUCAUCAAUAAUUUAAUCAAAUUUAACAUCAUACUCUAUCUGCAAUAUAGAUUGUUUCUGAUAAUUCUAACUAAAAUUCUCAAGUUAAAAUUCAAGAUGUUAAUGCAAACAAGUGAAUAAUUAAUUAAAAUUUUAGUUAAAUGUAGACAACAUGUAUUUUUUGUCUGAUUCCAUAAAUGAUUCCAAAAAACAAAAAUGCGUUUAUAUGUUACAAUUGCAAAUAAAUUAAUAAAUUAGUUUUUGCCUAUUUCAUUUGUGGUACAUGCAGAAUAACUGUUAUGUAUCAAUAAGGAAGUAAAUAUGCGUUUUUAUUAUUAAGUAUCAAAUCUAAUUAAUUGUACAAAUUGUUUUACUAUGAACUAUGUAUAAUAACCUAAUCUUCCAAAUACUUAUUAAUAAUCUACAUUUUAAAAUGUAUAGAUUUAAAGCUCAAUUAAUUAAUCUUAAAUUAUAAAUAAUUAGUAAUAAGUAUCGGGAUCCUAAUAAUAACAAUAACAAAAUCAAGUUUCUGAACUGGAGGCUGAAUUUAAGGAAUUAACUAACUGA